UUGUUGGUGAUAUGUUUUUCAGUUAACAAAUUAUGACAUCUCCUUCAUUGCGGAACACCCAAACACAUCUCUCAGUCGAAUCGGUCGGUGACUUCUCACUGUCAAUCAAGCGAAUCGCAGACUUUGUUGAGAGCUCUUACGCUGAAAACUACAACUGUUCACUCUUUGACGAAGACUCAGUCUGGGGAGUGCUGCUAGCCGAAUGCCAUGUGCCGAAUACUCUGAGUGCGCGAAAGGCGUGCUACGCGAGUUAUGUGGCUCAUUUGCAGCAGAUGGUGUCGAUUGCGGAGAGGUGUUACCCCUUUGUCCCUUCUAAGAAGCCAAUUCAAGAUGACAUGGCGCAUCCCAUACCACCCAAGUGUGGCUGCCGAUACAUUCCAGCUGGACUUGAGGACAAAUGUAAACGAGUAGGAGGUCACACUCACUGUCCCACCUGCAGGUUAGUUGUGCCAUACAGCAUAGGCCACUGGCAGCACCACGUGAUAGACAUUUGCACCAUUCCGAGGGAGGAACACAUGCUGCUGAAUCUGAGGCCGAACAGUGUUUUCGAUGUGUCCUCAAGUGGAAGUGUCAUUCCCAAUUCAAACUCGAACACCACCACACAGCACAAGUUGUAUGUGUGCUUUGCGUGUACGAAGUUGUUCCGUGACUCGAGUAGACUGAAGAGACACUUUAUGUUGAACCACUCGAUGGAGAGUAACAUUGACUUCAAAGUGGCCCACCAGAUAGAUCCCAUACGAGGUCUGUUUGCCGUCAUCAAUUACGGAGACUUCUCUGCACAGGUAUCCUACUUUAUAAAGCAAUACAACUGUGUCAAAUGCUACCUCUGUACUUCGACCGAAAAGAUGAAAAGCUGUCCUCAUUUAAUAGCAGUGCUUCAAAACGCAUAUCCAGUUGAAGAGUACACAGUAUCUGAAACAGCAUUGACUCAGCUGCCGAUAGACAUUGUCAACAGGUACCGAAACUUCGACGCAACAGCUACUAAACUCGCGGUGCCUGCUAUCGUGGCAUUAAAGACACCUCCGCAUGUAGAGGCUUCGUUGUUCUCAAUUAUGGACGAGGAAAGUUUACUGAAGAGGUAUACAGUUGUAGUUCUGGCGAGUAAGAGGUCAAUCUGCAGUUGUGCGGCUAAGGCAAGAGUGAAUUGCUGGCAUCGGUUGCUGGUGAACUUGACCUUGAAUGAUUCAGACAAAGUGUCCAAGUGUUGCUUCAACUUGACAGAAAUGAAAACUUUCCUCGACAACUGUAAAUUAAGCGUGAGCAAGAGUACUAUCAUGUCAUAUAUGGACAAGGGAGGCACUCCGGUGGCGGAACUGGCCCAACUAGUGAUGAAUAGAAUGUACUAUGAGAUUGACAUGUUGCAGACAGAAGUGCAGCUACUAAGAGAGGCCAGGAUACAACGUUUCGGCGAGUAUACGCUUGAUCACGAGAGAUUCGAAGAAGACGUCAAUAAUCAGCUAGGAAUGCAAUCAAUGACUACUGAUCAAACAGCAACUGAGCUACCAGGUGCAAUUCCAGAAUCCAGAAUUUCUUACUCCACAGAUGCUGUUAAAGAAAACACAAAACCCGAGCAAUUGAUUCUCCUUGACAGCGAUGCAGAAGCUGACCAACCUGCAAAGGUCAAUGACCUAGAAGGAACCAAGAUUACAGAAAUUGAUGGAAGUGAAGAAGCAAAUGAGUUGCAUCACAAAUCAGACAAUUUAAAAGUUCAAGAAAAAAACGCGGUUCAAAUUUCUCAUGCAAACAAGCAGAAUAAUUUUCUUUUGGAAACUGUCGAAGAAUUUCCAGAGAAUGUUUUAGAAGUCGUAGUUUCAGAGGCAAAUCAAGAAGUUGUCUAUCAAGAGGAUAUUAAUUCCUUUCAAGGAAAUGUUGACAGUGAUGCCGUUAGCCAAUCGGAAUCAAAUGCGUCAGACACGCCACUGAGACGAUCAAAACGAACAGCAACUUUGUCUUCAGUAGAAUCCGGAGACUCGCCAACAUCUAAGAAGCACCUCGGCUCAAAUGAAUCCGAGUUACUUUAAACUUCUCUGCCCUCUCAAAUAAAAAAUAACUUAACAAAAAAAACUAAUUAAAGUAAGAUUUAUUUAUGAAGUUUUAGAUUUUAGUGUUGAUGAUUGUUAAGUUUUGUACUUAAUUGGUAAGUCUUUGUGUUUUUGAAAAUUUCCCAGCUUGGAAACUCCGUUGUUUGCGCUAAUUGAUUUAAAUUUUACUUGAAAAGUUUUCCGGCCAGUGAGAACUCAAUUCAGUAUUUCC